UUCACGUAAAAUCUCACACGCGACGAAACUUGGAUUUACGGAGCUUACCUUUGCGCUCAGGUGUCAAAGUAAAGGUGUUUACCUCUCGGUCCCCGCGCGUGUCUUUUCUCCGGCGUGUCUUCAGUUAACUCACCUUUAGUUUCGUGCAGUAUUAGAUUAGUUUUCUUUGGCUGUGUUUGUGUUCAGAUGACGGCGCAGGUAGAUUACCUGGUGGUGGCUUUCACCGCCACAUCUGGCGCGAGCGGAGAGCUGCUGGGAUCUGACGAGAAGGAGCUCGUGCAGUUGGUUUGGCAGCUGGUGGAUGUACAGAACAAAAAGUUGGGCAAGGUGAAUGAGCUCCUCAUUAAACCUGACCUCUCAGACUUGACAGAGGAAAAAGAGGAGGAGGAUGUGGUGAAAGAGGAGAAUGGAUCCAGAGCAGAUUGUGUCUUUACAGACACAAGUCUUGAGACAGCAUUAAACCAGUUUUAUCUACAACUGACAAACGAGGUGAACAGCGCGGGCGCAGGCACGUCGCUGUGUUUGUGUACAGACGGGCAGCUCCACAUCCGUCAAGUGAUUCAUCCUGAGGCUGCAAGCAAGAACAUCCUGGUCCCAGACUGUUUCUACUCUUUCUUUGACCUUCGGAAAGAGUUCAAGAAGCACUUCCCUGCAUCUGACCUCAAGGCUUUGAAUGCGCACGUCAUGGCAGAGUCUCUUAGUAUACCUGUUGAUAUGCCCGCCACGUGGGACCCCUCUGCCACACUAGACCCAUCAGCCAUAUUGCCUGCAGAAAUAGCAGUACAGCAGGUCCAUAUUAUGGCCAGCAUUGUCCUUGCCCUGCUUUCUGAGCCAUUUUGCCACAUAUUUUCUAACCAGGAGAGAGUUAGUGAGAAGUUUGAGACUGGCACUUGCAGCAAGAUGGAGAAAGUGUGCGACAAUACAGUGAUCAGAGCCAGAGGUUUGCCAUGGCAGUCUUCUGACCAGGACAUUGCUCGUUUCUUCAGAGGACUCAACAUUGCUAAAGGAGGGGCUGCAUUGUGUCUGAAUGCCCAGGGAAGACGAAAUGGAGAAGCUCUUGUCCGUUUUGUCAGUGAAGAACACAGAGACCUGGCGCUGCAGAGACACAAACACCAUAUGGGCAACAGAUACAUAGAGGUUUACAAAGCAACAGGAGAGGACUUCCUGAAGAUAGCAGGAGGUACCUCCAACGAGGUAGCAAUAUUCCUGUCCCGUGAGGACCAGAUCAUUGUGAGGAUGCGAGGUCUUCCUUUCACCGCCACACACGAGCAGGUGCUGACCUUCUUCUCCCCGGGGGAGGGCUUUAAAGAGACGUGUCCAGUCAGUGGAGGGAAGGAUGGCAUCCUAUUUGUUCGAUAUCCGGAUGGACGUCCCACAGGCGAUGCUUUUGUCUUAUUUGCCUGUGAGGAACAUGCCCAGUCUGCUCUGAGGAAACACAAAGAAAUCCUGGGGAGAAGAUAUAUUGAGCUGUUCAAAAGUACAGCAGCAGAGGUUCAACAGGUGUUGAACCGGUACUCAUCGGCCCCACUGAUCCCUGUGGCCCCUGCUCCCCUUGUAUCAAUGCUGCCCUCAGUGUCUCUCCUGCCCCCUCCUGGCGGUAUGAGGGACUGCCUCAGGCUGAGGGGGCUGCCAUACACAGCGAGCAUAGAGGACAUCCUCACCUUCCUGGGCGAGUUUACACACGAUAUCAGACCACAUGGUGUGCACAUGGUCCUAAACCAGCAGGGGCGUCCAUCAGGUGACUGCUUCAUCCAGAUGACCUCAGCAGAGCGGGCACUUCAGGCCUCACAGCGGCUCCACAAGCAUGUGAUGUCCAGCCAGCGUGGGGCCAACAGCCGCUACGUGGAGGUGUUUCCCUGCAGCGCCGAGGAGAUGGGCCUGGUGCUGAUGGGAGGCUCGCUCUCACACACACACAUACACACACACAACCGGAGCAGAAGUGGGACAGGGCUCAGCCCGCCGCCAUGUAAGUCCAGACGUUUGUCUCCACCGUCCUACUCCUUCACCCCUGCUCCGCCUGUCAUGCCUACAGAGGCUGCAGCUGCCCUCUAUCCUUCUAUGGGUCAGGUGUUGCUGACCCCACGGCACCUGCCACCAGGACAUGCCUACUACCCCGCUUCAGCUCAGCUGUAUAUGAACUACACAGCUUACUACCCAAGUCCACCUGGCUCACCUACCACCUUAGGUUUCUUCCCCUCCCCCUCAUCCCUCUCGUCCCCAGGGGGAUUGGUGCGCAUGCCAGGUCUGACCUACAACAGUAAUGGUGUCAAAGACCUCAUUAAUGCAGUGCAGGGGUACCAGUAUACCCCCGAGGAUGCUCUCAUGCACGCCCAUGGGCCUGUGCACGCUCACGACCCGGCCAGGACAUUGCUUACGCAGCCCAAAGAAUGGAAUCCCGCGGAGUCCGUUUCUCUCCUGAGCAGCAGUCUGAUUGGUCAGUCCAGCGGAGGUGAUGCUUCUCUCAUGUCCCUCCCCGCUCUCAUGACCAAGCCGGCAGGGCAGUACCUGGACCUGACCCUGCUGUAGGGUCACAAAUAUACAAAAGGUCAUGUGACAAUUUGAUACAUGUCAAAGACUUGUAAUGUAUUGUUUUUUGUUUUUUUUUAAAUAGUCUUUUAGAUGUGUUAUUUAUAUCUUUAAGAACUGAAAUUAAUGUAUUUUAUACCAAAAUCAUUGUGGCCUUAGCCAAAAAUAGCAGUUUUGUCUUAUAUUGCACAGUGUGUAUUUUAAAAGCUUUAUAGAGAUUGUUUAACAUGUUAUGAUAUUAUAAUCACUAUGAUAUAUUUGCUAGCCAAACUAGAGAAGAAUGACAUAGAAGCAACUGAGCUAAAUCUUUUCCUUAAGCUUCUCUGUCAAGAGUGAAAGUGUGUCUGAGUGUGUUUAAGUGUGAAAGAGAUGAAAAUGAGUAUUAUGCAUGGCUGUGUUGAUACGUCUUAAUACUUAAUCUGUUUAUGCAUUACAUUUUAUGUGUUUAUAUACAUUUGAUACUGUACACAGUGAUUGUAUUGGAAGCUUUAGUGCAUGAAGAAGUUAGUAGUAAAACUAAGAUGUUUACAUAAUGCCAAAUAUCAAUGCACUGCUAAUCAAUAAGACUACUAAUGAAUAUAAUAGCAGUAUCUUUGAAUGCAUGUUACACUGUGAGCUUGUCUAAUAGUCUGGUCCUUGUAUCAGGCUUCACUUUACAAAAAUGUGACAUCUCACACUCAUUAGCCCCCUCCUUUCUUCCUCUGUGUACACAAUAUGGGUCUGUUUCAAAGUUUUAGUCAUGCCGAUGUUGUCUUGCCUUUGGUUUCGGACUCACAUCUGAACUGAGGGCAGUCCCAAUCCUCUGUAACGUAACCACAAGGUUGCUUUCUUCAAGAGGACUCGUGUCACAAGCUCUCAGCUUACUGAGCGAAUCUCAGGAACCAGACGUGGUUCCGAUAAGACCUUUAAAGAUUUUAUCAGUCCAUCACACUUUCCUUGUCUUCUCUCCACCAUCUACACUGAUCUUGGGGAAUAAAAUGGAGCAAACGGGUCUCCCUGCAGAAAUCCCUUCGCCAUUUCUCUUUUUAACUUAAUGUCAUUUAGAGAGUAGAUGGAAUGUUGAGAAGGAAAGGAAAUGAAGGACACCUGACAUCUUGUGAAUUUAAUUGCCAUUUGAGCCCUUCAAAGUUGGUAUUUGGGCUCCAUUUUACUUUAUACACGUCCUACAGUAGGACUUCCUGCUCAGGAUAUCCUGCUGUGGCCAUGUUGAAAAAACAAUAAACAUAACAUGUGAAGUC